AUGGGAAUUGACGCAGGAACCCUUGGGGGGUUUGACCUUGCUUUGGCCAUAUCUCAAGAGGCCGUCAACGUCCAGCUGGAAAAGCUAUACGACACCGAGGUGGAGGCGCCAGUUCCGGGCGGGCCCAAGUAUCUGAUUGAUCAUGAGUUCCACUUGCACAGUGUGGUCGUCACCAAGAAACAAGAGCGCAAAGUGUCUCGGAAGGGGCUGGAUGCUUUUGUUUACUGCCCCAAAAUUGAUUUCCAGGGCGAUACCCAGUCCAGCUCGGGCAUCGCUCGAGUGACCUACAAGUUCCGAAGAGCUCUUCCGGGAGAGGUCAGUGCCAAAGACCUGGCGGCCGGAGUCUUGGAAGACAGUGUCAUCCGCUAUCAAAUUGCCGAUGAUAUUGAUGAAAAUGGAAACACUAUCUACAUCAAUGCGGAGAAAAUCAUCAAUGAGUGGGAGAUGUCAUGGGAAGCAGUGGUCACCAAAAAAGAAAUGAAGGACGUUAUGAAUAGUAUCAUCCAGGCCUCAGAAUCGAGCGAAAGCCCGGUGGCCGUGGGCGGUAAAACCAAGGAAAAGCUCCAAGAUUACGUGGAUUCGAGUGUUUUCCGCGUGUCCACUAUCUUCUGUGCAUUUUCGAGUGCCCAGAUUGCCAGUACCUUCCGUCUCGUUAAUCCAAAUGCCUCGCCAGAGGAUGCCCACACCGGCCUCAACAUGGUAGAAGAGAUCAUCAAUCUGCUCAACCGUCAGUUUGGUAGUGAGCAGAAGGUCACAGUGGACGGAGUUUCCACACCCCACAAUCCCUUCGUUCUGGGCUACACAAUCUCCCAGAAAAAUCCCUCUCCGGCACAGUACAAUCCUGCGGCCGCGUCAGGGACCGGCCAGACCUUUCGAUACUUCACUCCAUCUGAUUUUCGUUGCACACUCUCCAAGGCAGACCCGUCGUCGAUGACCAAGGGGACACUCAACUUCUGUCUUUUGACGCAGCGGGACCAGAAGCCCCCGACUUUUGUCGAGCCCGACGCGGGAAGACAAUUCAAUGACAAUGUGGACACUCCCGGGAGGUUUGAUCCCAAUCUUUUCGGAAAGAUGAAGAUCAAGGCUACCCCUGGAUCCGCCGAUGGGAUUCUCGCCAUCUCACAGGAUAUUUUCAUGAAUCAUUGGAUUGGCAGUUACAUUGCUCCCCGCUUCUACAAUGAGCCUUCUACCAUCUUCAAGCGAAUUGAGUCAGGAGUCUAUGAUCAUUUUGACGCCUAUCAAUUUUCGCCUUAUGGCUUUGCUCCCCAUGACUGGGUCGUGAACAAGACCAACCGCAAUAUCUCCCGGGACACGACGUACAAAUGGGACACGGAGAUCAAAACGCGAAUGAUUGUCACAUCAGUCGAUGCACUGUGCGGGGAUCCUCUGGAAUUAAUGAGAGUUGAAUUGAAAACCUCCGUGGAAGUCAGCUACAAGAAUCGGGACACUAAUGCCACCGAAAACGAAAAGCGAAGGAUUGACUUCCAGGUUGUUUCUCGGGUCUGGCUAAAGCUAUGCGGGUACCGCAAGCGGGCAAGUUGGAUGUGGCUCCGUAAACCCAAUAUUGACGAUGACAACGACUGGGAGGAGAUUCACGUCACUCAGUCCUGGACCAAUCUCCAAUAUCGCUUCUCGCUUGGCACCGACAACAUCAACCGAGGUAGUUUUACCGUUUUCGAUCAAUGUGCAGAUCAUCUUGAUGGAGACGGCAAGAUCAAGGCACAUGACCGAGCUCCCGAUCAGGAUGGCCAGCCCGGUACCUGGCGCACCCAAAGUACAGGCGGCUGGGUCGCCUUUUGGGAUUUUACAGGGUUGUGGAAUGACGAGCUUCGUGACAUGUUGAGUAUGCCCGAAAAGGUGGUUCAAGACCUGGCCGCCACCUCGGCCAAUGCGAUGACCGAUCUCGUAAAGGGGCUCCAAACUUCCAUUAUCCUACCUGCGGGCGAUGUGUUUAUGUUCAAGGGUCUUGGAACGUUUGAUGAGGGGCAUGUGGCCACAGUGGUCAACUAUGACCUGUCAACUGAGAGUGAGAUUGCUCUCCGAGAGGGCAAGACGCUGUCAUUUGAGUCGUGGAAACUCCCUACCACCAACAAGACUUAG